AUAAAUUGCUGUCUUAAAUUUUAAUACAAAUUAUAGACCGAAAUGAAUUUUAGAAACGGCUUCAGAAAACUUUUCUUAAAGAAAAGACUUACAUGAAAAGAAUCUUAAUUUAAAAAAUAUACAAUGAUAAAAAAUAUUCAAAGAACGCAAUAAUGAUAUUAAAAUAGUCGACACGCUGAAUAAAUUGUGCCAAAAGAAUUAAUCGAGCUACUUCAUUACUACUCCUUCCAGGGAAGUAGCGUUUCAGAGUUAUAAUAUUUUCACUGCAAAAUCUGUCACAAUUUAAUCGGCCUUUAAUUCGGCCGCUAAUUAAAAUAACGAUGUUUUGUUAUCGAUGUUUUGUUUUCGCAUUUCUAAGCAAAAAGCACAAGCUGCGACCGCGACAAGAGGGUUAUAUAUCUUUAAUGCGACCCUGUGGCUUAUGUUUAUGCGGCCCCUGGACUCGUGAGAGACAUUUUAUCAGGAGGCAGAGAUACGGCUAACCCAAUUAAAAUGUUUAAUCGACAUCUCUCUUUCUCUCUUGCAUCGCGUUAUCAUGCGUGUCGCCACAAUAAUACGAUGACAAAUUGGAUCGGCACAGCGUAGCGGAAGAGUAAGAUGGAUUUCACGAAAUCAACAGAUAAUAAUGCGAUACACAUGUUUAUACCAGCGACAGCUGCUAUCCACGUGACACGCCCGUAUGUAUAUAUUCACGUGCUAUGACUCUCGACCCUCGAUUCUUUUCGUCGGGCAAACUCUCCAUGUUUUACACGGAUAACCUCGCUGUUGUAAAAAAAGAACUUGUGUUUUCGCGACAAAUAUCCAAAAUGCUCAAGUUUCAACAACGCGCCACUCCGGAGGAUCUCAAGAUCGCCGCGUCUAUAAAACGCAAACGACAACUCGAGGAAGCGAGAAAACUGCGCAUCUUCAACCCUCGCGUUAGAAAAAUUGGAAUAGACAAGGCGUUCUUGGAUAAGCAAGUCGAGGAGAAGAAGCGACAGCACGAGUGGGAACGGGCGAAAGAAUGUCAAUUGGACGAGGCUCUUAUUCGCAGCAGCGAGCAUGCCAUGCAUUUGGAGAGACGGCAGGAGGAGGAAAGGCGAAGGCUGAACAAGGAGGUCGAGUCCUUCCGACGAGUGCAUCAGCGAGCGGAGGACCGUCGGGAUUACGACCUGUAUGACCCAGAAGCGCUGAAGAAAUCGCUUCCAGCACGCGUGAAUGACAAUGGCGACGAUCCGAGCUUGGGAGUCGCGUCCGCUCAGAAGUUCGAGGGCGAGGAUCGCAAUCUUCCCGUGCGAUUGAAGAUGCAGAAAGAGCAGAUGCGUUGGUGGAUACAAAGGCAAAAGGAGGAGCGUGAGGCGGCUGAGAAGGCGCGACGGGAUGCCGAGGAAGCCUAUCAGGAAGUCGUCCUCUCCAGGGACAAGCGCGCCAUGGCACUGGCGCGGAUGGAGGAGGAAUGCCGGCGAAGGUUGAAUGAAGCCACGGCGACGUUUAAUCGCGCUCUGGCCGAGGAGCAACAUCAUCGCCGUCAUUGCGAAGCCGUUCAAGACGAGGAGGACAAGAAAGCGGAAAUCUAUAAUCACGUGACUGGAGAUUUCCUCACCGAAGCUAGAGAACAGGCUGAGAGCACCCGCGGUCCGUACAAGCCGCUGGUGAACCGAUACAAGGGCAUGACUGCGGACGAGUUAAAGGUCUUCAGGGAUGCUCAAUUGCAACAAAUAGAAGAGAUCCGAAAUAUCAAACUGGAAGAGAAACGCAUCAACGAGAAUUGGGAUCACUUAAUGAACUUGCACAAUCAAACUGCAUACUCAUAUGAGCGCGAAUUAAAUCAAAGAAAAUCUGAACUCAACAAGAAAAUUGCAGAAGAAAAUUUGCGGCUUGCCGAGCAACAGAAACAGCAUCAGGAAUACCUGAACCAGGUCGUUUAUAAGAAUCAGCCGACUGCCGCCUUCUAUGAGCAAUUUAACAGAGCGACGCGUUGAUCGCAAUCAAUUUUUAUACAUAAUGUACUUUUUAAAGGAAUUCCGAAUAAAUAAAAAA